AUGUCGGAAUCGAUCCCUAUGAACGAGAUUCCACAAUCGUCUCAACCACAAGAUGUCCCUGAACAACAGCCCAAAUAUCAACCACAAAACAAUAUCAUCACAACAGAGCCCAAAGCUAUAGAUGAAAAAGACCCAUUUAAGCUACAGCUGGAAUGGCCUGCGGGUACUGUGAACCCGGAAAAUUUGAAUCGCCAAAAAACCAAUGCAUCUAUGACAUCAUCUGCAACUUCCUCCAGCUCUGGCUCGGAUUUCUCAGGACAUAGUGGGUACCAGCGAGAACACAAUGAAUGUACAGAGUUUUGCAUUGAAUUUUUCACAUGUUUUGGCGUGGUUGACUGUUGCCCUAAGAAUGGUGAAGGUUGUGUCACAUCGGUUGCAACUUGGGUUGGAAACCUUUUAUUUUCAUGCUGCAAAUGUUGA